AUGAAUCGCCUCUUCGGCUCCAAGCCCACGGGCCCCAAACCCACCCUCAACGGCGCCAUAACAAACCUCGACACCCGCAUCUCCUCCCUCGACACCAAACUCAAAGCCCUAAACGCCGAACUAGGCGCCUACCAAGAAAAGCUGUCCCGCAUGCGCGACGGCCCCGGCAAACAAGCUAUGAAGCAAAAAGCCCUCAAAGUGCUCCAGCGCCGCAAAGCCUACGAAGCCGAAAAAGACAAACUAGAGUCUCAAGUGUGGAACAUGGAACAGGCGAGCAACAUGCAGGACAACCUCAAGAAUGUAAUGACGCAGGUCGACGCUAUGAAGACUACCAACAAGGAACUCAAGAAGCAGUAUGGCAAAAUUGAUAUCGAUAAGAUUGAGCGGCUGCAGGAUGAGAUGGCGGAUUUGAUGGAUGUGGGGAAUGAGAUUCAGGAGAGUCUUGCGAGGAGUUAUGAUAUUCCUGAUGAUGUUGAGGAGGAUGAGUUGGAUGCUGAGCUUGAGGCGCUGGGGAUGGAGGUUGAGAUGGAGCAUGAGAUGGGUGGUGCUGUGCCGGGUUUCUUGCAGGAUGAGGUCAUGCCGGAAUUUGUUGACGAGCCGCCUCAGACUGAGGACAAGGUGAAGCAGGUUGCUGGUUAA